AACCCACCAAAAGCCCCAUAUAUUCCUCGUGCUUUUUUGUCACAGGAAAAGAGAUAAGGCUUGUAGCUUACAGAGGUAGAGAGAGAAAGAGAGAGAGAGGGGUACUAGUAGUAUAUAGAUAGAUACGGAAAAAGCGUUUUGCUCCAAGUACAUUCAUCUAAAGCUUGCUUCGAAGAACGAGAGAGCUUUGAUAUUGAUUAUUCUCUGAGCAUUGAUUCUUGGUAACUAGGUUUUCGUAUUUGGCUUUCUACAACGACAAGGUCACAAACAGAUCGUGUUUUGUUCACCGGAAACUAUGUCCAGCUCGUCGGAUUUUACUGAUUCGGUGCAGUUUUCCGGCCAGAGGCCGGUGAGAGCGAUGGACAAGCCGAAUUUUUCGCAUACUUGCAGUCUUCUGAGUCAGUACUUGAAAGAAAACGGAACAUUUGGAGAUCUCAGUCUCGGGAUGACUUGCAAUAUUGACACAAAUGGCGUGCCUGAUACCUUUCGUCCGUCUGCGAUGGCAACAACUAUGGAUUUGUUCCCAGUGAUGGGGAAAUCGGGUGGUUUGACCCAAAAUGCAGCCGGGUUGCCCCUGUUUCCUCAGCAAGCUGGUUUUGCUACCAAUCUCCCAAAGGAAGAAGUCCCCAAGAAAGUUGAUUCCAGCAGGGUUAACAAAUCUGAGCCUGAAACUGCGCAAAUGACCAUAUUUUAUGGUGGGCAAGUUAUCGUGUUCAAUGACUUCCCGGCAGAAAAGGCAAAGGAAGUGAUGCAAUUAGCUAGCAUGGCUAGCUCCCAUAACCCUAAGAAGUUGGCCCCUAAUCCGAUUGAGUCCACCCCUUUGAUUCCCUCCUGCUCAAAUGUCGCCCCUUAUUUGGUCAAGGACAGCGUUCAACUGCAGCAGCCUCCUCAACCCAUGGUCACUGAUCUACCAAUUGCAAGGAAGGCUUCACUCACCCGGUUCUUGGAAAAGAGAAAAGAUCGUAUUACGGCUCAAGCGCCAUACAAGACAAGCAAUUCGGCUGCUGAACAUCCUUCCAAGCCUGCCGAAACCAAGUCAUGGCUAGGCUUAGCUGCUCAAUUCUCCGCUGCAGUUUAAGCACCAUUUGCAGUCUCUCUUUUUUUUCCUGGCUAUAUUUAGUUGUCAGCAGCAGCAGCAGCACUGCAAUCUUAAUUAACUAUAUGUUUUGGGCAUUAUCUAUUUUGGCUUUAUCAUGCCCAGUCUUUAGAUCUAACUGUUCUGAUCUUACUAUUAGUUUCUGUAAGAAUUUAAUUAUCUAUAUCUUUAAUGAAUUUUUUAUUUCCUAAUGUAA